CACCUGCUUUACCACAUUUUACUUCUCAGUAGCCAGGCAUGGAGCUUUUGACUGUGGAUGAAAAAGUUAAAAAUAAAGAAGAUUUGAUUCAGGUGAAGAGUCAAGCUGGAAGAAAUAUUGCCAAGAAAUUACAGAAGAGAGAGUUUGAUCGACGUCAUAUCCGGGAACAAUUAAGGAUGUUGUUGCUGUCCCACAAAGAUUUUAUGCCCAUCAAAAGAGAUGCAAUUCGAUAUUUACAAGGAGCUCUAGAUGAAUAUAAUCAUGUAGAUGAACUUCAAAAGCAGAUUAAGAGCCUGUCUCAUGGGCUGAGAAGUGGGAGAAACACCUUGCUUGAGGAGAAACAAAUCCUUAGACAAAUCAAAUGUGCCCAAGAACAAAAAGAAAAGUUUUGUGCAGAUCUUGAAGCAAAAAAUUGGAGUCACUGGCAUUUACCAGAAGUUUUAAACUCAAAGGAAUUUGUCAAAAGUCAUUUCAAUCGUCUAUACAAUGAACUCGAAGGAGGGAUCAAGCAACAAACGGCAUAUUAUUCGAAGGCUGCCCGGCUUGGGAAAAAACUGUCUGCUGUUGAGAGAGAUAUAAGUUCUUUGCAAAAAAAGCUGGAAAAACUAGAAUGCAAAAGAGAAAAAAUGUAUGAGCAUCUUCAACAACUCAGAAGUUCUGUCCAAAACCCUUCUUGAUUUGAAUUGAAAGGUUUGCAAGAGUUACUCUAACCAUACUAGAGUCAAAAUCCCCUGGUCAAUGGGAUAAGGGGCAUAGGAAUGGUUAAUAACAUCCUUGGUUUAGAGCUACUAAUAAUAUGGUUUAAACAUUUAGGCUUGCACUUUAGGUCGUCCAAGAGUCAUCUUGCAAGUCUAG